AUGGCGGCCCCCGCCCCAGCAGGGGCAGGAGAGCACGGAGGGGAUGAGGAGGAAGGAGGCAGCGGGGUGGGAAGGAGGCGCCAGCCUCCUGUCUCCUCCCUGUCCGCCUUCAGCUACAUCCCGCCUAGGCGAGAGGGCCCCGCGAAGCUCAGCUACUUCCACCGAGAGGCCCAGGCAGGAGGGGUUUCCACUUAUGAUUCUAUUUUUAAAAGACCAGAGGGUUACAAGAAAAAACUUCACCGAUGUGACAGAGAACACUCAAAGAGUCAUGGUCUUCACAUUAACGAUGAGGAAAUGGCAAGACCUGUCGCUGUUUUGUCAUCUUCAGAGUAUGGGAGGCGCAUAAAUAAGCCCACAGAGCAGCCGAUGAAAGGUCAUGCAAGGAUUAAUCACAUGCAGGCAGAAUUCUACAGGAAAAAUGGCAUCACCUGCCUAUUGGAAAAACCCUCCCCAAGCCUGGAUCCAUGCUAA